AUGUCAUUCAGGGGACUAAGCCGGCCUAAUGCAACAUCAGGGAUGGGUGUUGCUGAUCACAGCAUAAACACAUUCUUGGAACUGCAGAGGAAGAAAGUUCACCGCUAUGUGGUAUUUAGAAUUGAUGAAAAAAAGAAGGAAGUCGUGGUUGAGAAGACUGGUGGCCCUGCUGAGAGCUACGAGGAUUUCGCUGCAUCUUUGCCUGAGAAUGACUGCAGAUAUGCUGUAUAUGACUUUGAUUUUGUGACUUCUGAGAAUUGUCAGAAGAGCAAGAUAUUUUUCAUUGCAUGGUCUCCUUCAACCUCUCGAAUCCGUGCCAAGAUGCUCUACGCAACUUCUAAAGACAGGUUCAGACGAGAGCUGGAUGGUAUCCACUAUGAGAUUCAGGCCACUGACCCUACUGAGAUGGAUCUGGAAGUGAUCAGAGAACGCGCUAAUUAA